UCCACCCUCCCCGGUCGAGAAGAUCGUUUUCAAUCUCCUGUGCACCUACCUCCCGCCAGAUUCCUCUCUAACAGCCAUGGAAGCAGCGAGCCAAAUCCACGCCGAAUUCCCAAGUACCCCACCCAAGCCCAGAGACGAUGAUGACUUGGCCCGACCGGAAACACCCGAACACUUUCUCUUCGAGCUAUGGGAGAUGAUGUUUCGCAUUGUGCCUCAGCUACACUGGGGCGAGGAACCCAUGCAACGGUUCUGCAAGCCGUCAGAUCGUUACCUAAAGUCCGCGUUGAAGAUGAGGACCAAGAAGAUGGGUAUAAAGAUUGGUCACUCAAGGGUUAUCUUCUUUACGGCUUAGAUGAGCGGUGGCGUCAGACCAGGACCCCCGAAGAACUCGGCGACAAGUGGGAUUUGAAGCACAGGAAUCUCAACGGGCUUCUGGCCCACUUCGCUAAUCGUGGAAUCUAUUCGCCUUGGGAUUGGGUAGCUUUGCGCAGUAUGGUAUCGUUAGAGACGCAUAAGAGGAUAGGUCAUAAGGUACUGCUGAACGCUGCUAUCCCGAAUGCGACGGUCUGGAUUAUUUUGUCUGCACCCACUCUCUAUACAGCUUGUCGGGAACGGAAGUGUGCGGACAAGGAGACACGAGGGCAAUUGUGGAAGGCGGAUCAAUUGCAGGGCUUCUCAAUCCCACGGUGGAAGUUCUGGAGGCAUCGACUGGAGGAGGUGAAGGGCCAUCCGGAUGGGACGGAGGAAUUCAGGGAACUGUGUCAAACUGCGCUUGAUGCGAUGGACAGAUGCGAAAAGCCGUGAGGUAAGCGGAUAUAUCUAUGGCCUUGGCUAUGUCCAUGUUCAACCUGCAAGAUCAGUCC